AUGGAAACCACCCAAUUCACUAUGGUGGACGAUACCGCUCUGCAGACUACAAGCACAAAUGCAAAUUGCGGUAGGCUCAAAAGGUUUCUUUUUCGAACCCCUCAAGCCAGCAAUUUUAAGUUCUCGUCAAACACUCGAACCGAGAUUCGAAAACAGAUCUUCCUAUCUGUGUCCAACGAAGGCCAAUUUCUCGACUAUUUCUUCCCCAAUACACCCCUUGAGCUGAAAGCAGAACCUCACUUGUCCCAAGAGCUCGCAAAGGUGGUGGAUACAGAAUAUGAAUGGCUCUUCUCCAAGUACUUCAAGAGCAUGUUGCAACUUCGCGAUCCAAAGCUAGAUACCCACAACCACCAUGCUUUUCAUGCCAAUGCGCCGUGUGCCCGUAUAUUUCGCAAGGGAGAACCGAUAUACAAGUGCUUGACGUGUGGGUUUGACGAUACCUGUGCUCUUUGUUCUCAUUGCUACCAGCCUGAUUUUCACGAGGGUCACAAGGUCCAUCUAACUAUAUGCCAGCGCGAGAACGGCGGUGUUUGUGACUGCGGUGAUCCCGAAGCAUGGGUGAAGGAGUUCUCUUGUCCCUAUGCCGAUGCUUCAGCACUUCCGCCCGUGAAAGAGAUUCCUGACAAGUUGGCAGAGUCAAUCUUGGCGACGCUUGAGACCCUCUUGGACUACAUAAUCGACGUCAUGUGCCAUUCCAGCUUUGAGUACGACCCAGAAGAAGAUUUCAUACAGAGCACAGAAACCUUUCGGCUCGAUCCAUCUCACUAUGCAUUUCUUUCCGACGCCAAUAUCCAUGACUUCAACCCUGACAAAUACUACUUGAUGGCCCACAAUGACCAGGUUCGUCACUAUAGAGAUGCAAUGGAGCGAAUACACCUCACAAGUAAGAAAACCCCUCAAUUUGCUCGCAUGGUGACCGACAGAGUACAAACCUAUGGCAAAGCCAAAGUUAUUAGCUCCAGUAACAUAUCCAUAUUGAAGGAGCGACAAAAGAUGUUGAGCUCAACCGGCCUUGCCACGUCAAUACGGUCAGCUAGGGACGUUUUCAGGGAAGAUAUGUGCGACGAAAUCUUGAUUUGGUUGAAUGAUUUCACCGAAUGUGACUUGUUUAAAACAAAUAAUAGAGUCAAAGACUUGUUUUGCCGAGCGUUUUGCGGUCGCUGGAAAUGCGGCAUUCCCCAAUUUGCUAAUGAUACCGAUCUCGAGCUAGAUGCUACGGCUUUGGGGAAUGAAUAUACCGUCGGCAACCUUGAUUCCAGGUUAAUGAUUCCCAAGGUUCCAUCCCUUAAUACUUCAACUAAUCCUACAAAGGCUCACUGGUCGUUCCAACCGUCACCAUGGAAUCUAGACGAGCAAAUAUCCAUUCAAUGUGAUUACAACCUUAAUACUGACGACUAUGACCCAUCUCGCAGCCAUCGAGGAUCACGACUCCAGUACCUUUUAUACUUAGACAUAAGGUUCUGGAAAUCGAUCCGUACCAUGCUUCAUGACAUGUAUUCCAAUGCAUUAAUCACAAAUCUACACUACAAAAAUAUCGUCUGCUGUCAAUACGUGGACAUUUAUCCUGCUAUUGCGGAUAUGUACUUGACCAUUGAUAGGGAACCAGAGAUCAAUAUAAUGUGCACCCUCGCCACUCAAUUGUUUACUUGUCCCACAAACUCAACUUCCAUUGUUCAACACGGAGAUGUGUCGCGAAUUUUUGCAGCAAUCUUUGGUUUCCUUACAGUUGAGCAUAUAAUAUCUCCGCUGGACGUUGAUCUUUCACGUGAAGUGUCCCUCAAGAGCUUGAAGAAUAGGAGAUGGGGUCAGAUUUUCUUCGAUAUUGGGUAUAUUUUGAGUCGAAGUAAGGAUUCAAAAACGAUUCUUACAAGCGACAUCGUACCAAUGGCAUGCGAUAUACUUGCUUUAUUUCAGGGCACUCCUGUCAUGAAACGUGAGAGCAAAGUUCAUGUUGAGUAUGAAAGCCCUGAUUAUUCUGCGUUCUUCUUUGCCAUUGUUGUCAUCUACCAGUUUGCAGAAUACAUUGCCCAUUGCUUAAACAAUUUGACCGAAUUAGAAGCAGAACGAAGGAAAUGGAUAUUUGAAAAUGUUUUGUCAUACGUGAUAAGGUUUCUUAUAAAAAUUGAAACUGGACUAUAUCCGCAUUCGAGCCAAAAAUUGGUUGACGUGAAGAUCACCAGAGACAAAUUUGUACCAGAAGUAUCGACUGAUGGAUUUGUUUUGCAAAACUAUCGUAUCGAUAAAGAAAAAGUUAGUUUCCUUCACCCUUUGCAUUCCUUCCUUUCUUGGUUGAUAGAACUUUCUCGCUUCGAAAACCCUGAAGAGCUUCAAAGAAUUAUCAGACUGGCUCUUGACUCAAUUCCUUCUGGACUGGCACAUCCAGGGUAUAAGCAGUAUCUCACUAGUUUAUUUGAGUACCCAUUGCGAACUAUUGUUUUGAUGUCACAAAUCAAGGCGGGUUUGUGGGUCAGAAACGGAUUUAGUGUGAGAACCCAGCUACAACUUUAUUCAAAUUCAGGACUCAGAGAAACCGGGUAUCUUAGAGACUUGUUUUUGACGCAAGUAUUUGUAAGUUCAACCUCCCCAGAUUUGUCUUGCAAUUUGAUACUAAACCGUUGGCUAUUUGACGACCAUUGGAGUAUCACACAAGUGCAAGACCAAGAUGAAGACGAUGAAUUUCCAUAUGAGCCGAAAAUACUCCCUUAUAUGCUUGAAGAAUGUGUGGGUUUCCUCAUUAACGUUCAAACGGAGACCCUUUAUCUUCGUGGACUUCGCGGUGAAGAAGUUACUAAUAUUCGACUUCAAAAUGAAAUCAUCCACAAUUUGUGCUUUUCACCUAUAAGCUACACAAAACUAUGUUCACAAAUUCCUGACCACGUAACCUCAGAAAAGCGCUUUGACUUGGUUCUUGAUGAGCUUUCAAACUUCACACCUCCAAUACAAAGCAAUGACACCGGCGUAUACAAGCUCAAAGAGAAGUAUAUGAAUUGUGUGAAUCCUUACUAUUUCAACUAUUCUGCCAACACCAGAGAUGAUGCCAUGAAGUUUGUAAAAGAUCGGAUUCACAAGAAGACUGGCAAACCCAAGUCAGAAGUUGUUAUUGAACCACAAAAGUGCGGUGAGUGCUUGGGAACCUAUCAGUAUAUUGGAAAUUUUGCUGCUUCAGCACAGUUUUCCAAGUUCCUAGUCAAAAUUCUUCAUUAUGUGACAAAUGAAGAACCCAACAAGAACGAGAGUCUAAUAGAAAGCACUCUUCAUCUCAUCCAUAUAUGCUCCAUGGAACAUCUCAUAAAUACCGAAUCUUACGGAGGGUUUUAUAUCCAUGCAGCAAAGAAGCACGAUGAAUAUGACUCUUCUGUUAUACUGGCAAUGUAUAAUCUUUUGUGCAUGGAGAACGCAAAGAGAUUUCACUGCAAAAUCAGAAGAAUAUUUCAAAUAAUGCACGAGAAAUGUGGAAAGUUGGUGGGCGAUUUACUGAGUCAAAUUAUUCUGUUCAACGAAUCCAUUCUCGUUAUGAAUGAAAAUGACUCUUAUAUUGAGAACGAGUACGAGACGAAGAAGAAAAUGGCGAAAGAAAGGCAACGCAAACUUAUGGAAAAAUUCAAGAAGCAGCAAUCGCUGUUCUUGAAGAAUCAUGAAGGUGAAGGAUCGGCGUCAAGUGACAUGGAAAUGGAGGACCUUGACACGGAACAGGGCUGGAAGUUUCCUGAGCCUCACUGUUUGUUGUGUCAAAAUGCGCUGGAAGACGCUGGCCCAUUCGGAAUCAUAACCUAUAUUACGAAGUCUUCAGAGUUUAGGGAAGUACCAUUUAAUGAUCCCUACUGGUUCUUUAAAUCAUUUUCGGACAGUGAAAACUUGAACGAAAAUGAAACAGGAAACUCAAAUUUGUUUUCAAGGAAGUGGGUAGACUUUAUGAAUCAAAUCAAACAGGAUCAUGUUAUUGGUCCCGGAUUCACCAAAGGGGCCGUGGACAGCAAGCUCGUUUCCACCAGCUGUGGACACGGAAUGCAUUUCCAGUGUUAUCUCAACUACAUUGCUUCUAACAACAACAAACAAAAUCAAAUAACAAGAAAUGCCCCAGAGACUGUCGAACACAAGGAAUUUCUUUGCCCUUUAUGCAAAGCAAUCAAUAACAUGUUCUUCCCAAUCCUUUGGACACCCAAUAGGAGAAGCUUCGCGGAUUUUGUGAAACCUUCAGAAUACGUACAAUUUGGUUCGUUACAUGAUAGAGUUCCCUGGACAUUCUCGCCGUUCGACAUGUUGGAAAAAGUUGGGUACGAGCAAAGUUGGUUUAAUUCUUUUUGCGAGCUAGCUCGUCGGGAUAUCAGCGACAUCAACUCAUUAACCGAAGAAGCAAAGACAAUUAUCGCGAGCAACGGAACAACAGUGACACCUGAACAACAACAAUUUAGAGCAUUAUUGUCCAAUAUGUUUCAGGUUCUAUCGCUUCUUACAUUUCCUCAUAUUUUCAAGGCAGACUCCACGAUAAUGUUGGUGAAUAGUAUCAAGUCCACUGAAAUCAGCUUGCGAGGUACGCAAGCACCCAAUGGUUUGGUUUUUUCUCAACUAUCAAAUAACUCUUUGAUCAACUUGCGGACGUUGAAUGAGUUCCGCAAUACCAGUUUGCUCAUGAAAACACAAAACUGGAUUCAUAGUCCAAAGCCCAGAAACGACGCAUACGUGAAGGUUCUCGCGCAGUUGCUUUUGCUCUCAUCGCUGAAAGUGAAUAAUGCUAUCUUAGAGAAGGAUUUCUUUGAGCUCCUUGUUAGUGUUGUUCCGCUUCGUUCGACCGAAUUUUCAUUCAAUACCUUGUUGAGAACGUGCUAUUUCUGCCAUAUCAUUCAAUGUUUCAACUUAUUAGUAAUUGAAGUUGUGUCCAAAAAUUUCUACAUGACUCUGGGGAUCUCAAUUUUGGAUAUUCCCGUCAUCCACGAUAUUUCGGAAGAGACUGCUUUAAGGGUUCUUUCACUAUACGAAAAGGUUAAGCUCAACCAUACAGAGUUAACGGGAUCGAAUUCGAGCAUAGAGGAAAAUCCCCUUUUUGGCAAGGUUUUGUACUCUAUGCUCAUCAAGUCAGUGACCCCCUUUUUACGCCAAUCAGCUAUCUAUGCGUUUGUGUAUUGUUCCGACAUCGAUAACAUAAAUGUGUCAGAAGACAUCAAGAUUGAAGCAGAAAUGCUCACUUCAGUUUUGCAAAUUGAUAGCAUUGAUUUGCUUUUGCGCAAAAUGAACGGAGAAAUUGACUCAUUUGAACUGGAUAGAUUCAUGAAGUUCUUGUCAUACAUCAAGAACACUUCUCCUGCUCUUGAAACUGUCAACCUCAAAAAGUCAUUAGAGUAUCCAGGAGUUGUUCUGUUGGCAGACCUACCUGAACGUCUAGACCAUUUUUUCACAAAGUACUACUAUCUGGACAAGUAUGAUAAUCCUCAUAUGACAAUAGAGGACCCAGCAGUCUGCUUAUUCUGUGGAGACGUGGUGGAUGCUCAAAAGCCGGCUGUAGGUUGCAAAGAAGGUCAGUGUACUACUCAUUUCUUAAAAGAAUGCGCCAACAACUUUGGUAUUUUUUUGCUUCCAAAGGAGCGUUGCUUAUUACUAUUGCAUAAAAAUGGAGGCUCAUUCCACACUGCUCCAUUCCUUGAUCUGCAUGGUGAACUUCCUGCCGAAAGCAAACGCAGUAAGACCCUUUAUUUAAUGAAGCCACGAUACAAUGAUUUCAUUCGAAACGUCUGGUUACUGCAUAACAUUCCAAACUACAUUGCCAGAAGGAUCGAUAGUGUUGUCGAUGCCGGAGGAUGGGAUACAUUGUAG